GUACGUAAUUAAAACUUGCAGGAACACUUGGACAAGCAGUUAGAAGCUCUGUCAGCCAGAAAAAGCUAUCUCGAAACAAAGAUUAGAGGUAUCACAAAAGCUCUUCCGAAUCUUCAGAUAGUUCACUCGGAUUCUGAACAAUUAUCUGAAAUGAUAUCAUUCACUUGUACUUUGGCUGAAAAUGUCAGUGCCAAAGUUCGUCAGCUGGAUGUCGCUAGAAGUCGGGUGUCAGAAUGCCAGCAACGCGUGCAUGACCUUCUCGAUGUGCAGCUGUGCAGUGACGGAGUGCAGACUGCUCUGUCCAGCGACGAUUAUGAGAAAGCGGCUGCCCACGUCCAUCGCUUCCUCACCAUGGACCAGAGUCUAUUGCAACAGACUGCCGAUGAUGUACAACAAGAUUGUUCUGCGGUCACUAACUCGUUGUCUUUACUCCAAGAGGCAGCCGGCCAAUUGAGAGACAUUGUCACCAUCAAGUUCACUGAAGCAGUCCGUAAAUCAGAUGCGGCUUCAGUUGAACGAUUUUUCAAAAUUUUCCCUCUCAUCAAUAUGCAUGAUUAUGGAUUGGAAAAGUAUUCAGCGUAUCUUGCAGCUAAGUUGGAUGAAGCAUCAGCGAAAAGUAUGAAGUCGACUCUGGAAACGCCUUCCAAUGAUAAGCGUGCCUGUGUUGUAUUCGCUGAUAUGCUGACAGUUCUAUUCGAAACAAUUGCACGUUUGUUCGAGAUUCAUCAACCUCUCAUAGAAACAUAUUAUGGCCCAGGACGUCUACUCAAAGUGUCUUCAAUCAUCCAACAAGAAUGUGAUAAGCAAAGCAAAUUAAUCUUGAACGAAUUCAACAAGCAGAGGUCAAUGGAUAGAAAAAUUGCAUUGAUCAACGAAGUUGAAAGACUCGGAAAUUCCAGCAGUUCCAAUGCAUUGAAUGCAAACAGACUUGAUCCGAAAGACAUUGAUCUUCUUCUCAGCGAAAUAUCAAUUAUGCACUCACGUUAUCAGCUUUAUGUGAGAUUUCUCCAACGUCGCAUUUCUAAUGAUUUAGAAAUUGGCAUAAAAGAUACCGCUAGCCGAGCCGUGCAUCUGAGUGAUAUGGAAGCUCUUAUACAGAACAGUGAUUUGUGUCGAAGAAUGCAAACGCUUCUCGGUCAUUAUCUAUUAUUGGAACGUUACUACAUGGAAAAUAGUGUCAUAAAGGCUGUUUCAAUCGAUACAAUUGACAAAGGAUCUCAAACUUCAAGCAUGGUUGAUGAUGUUUUUUUCAUUGUGAGGAAAUGUAUAAGGAGAGCUGGUACAAGUGGAAGUAUUGACGGCGUGUGUGCAGUGAUCAACAAUGCGUGUGGGGCACUUGAAACAGAGAUGUGUUCAGCGCUUAGAAAUCAAUUGAAACUCGGUUUUCCGUCCGGCUACCUGGAUCUCACCCAAGCCUACAACGUGAUGCUCCAAGGUAGACUACAAACAUCCGAUUCCGAACAAGCAAGAAACACAUUUUUGAUCUACCUGAACAACGCUGACGUGUGCUCUGAGUGUGUGACCACGCUGUGCCGCAGCCUCAGCCACGAGCUGCCCUGCUCAAGUGAGCACGAGCGCGCCAAGCUGGAUAGCUGUCUGGGGGGGCUGAGUGUGGUCACCGCCGCCCUAGGCGCCAUCGUCGACUACGGCCUGCAGCAGCUGCAGGUGUCCGCCAUCAAGCCCCGCAUCGGGCCCUGGGUCGACACCUUCUUCACGCUCUCGCACAAUCUCACUCAGGAAGAAUUUUCGAAUUAUGAAGCAAAUGAACCGUUUGUAAGGAAUUUGAUAGCAAAUCUGAACAUGCUGCUCCUGGAAUUCGAAAAAGUUCUCACUAGCUCGAAUUAUGAUGCGUUGAUUGCAAUUCUGGUGUCUGAAGUGACAACUCAAAUGGAAAAAGUCAUCAUGAAGUCUGAAUUCAACCGGCUAGGUGGUCUUGCCCUGGACAAAGAAGUGCGCUCACUAGUGACAUACCUGAGCAACGCCACUUCUUGGUCUGUUCGAGACAAGUUCGCGCGACUCACUCAGAUUGCAACCGUGCUCAAUUUGGAAAAAGUGUCUGAAAUUUCUGAUUAUUGGGGACAAGACUCCACGUCGAUUCCAUGGAGGUUGACUCCUGGAGAAGUGAGAAAGAUAAUGACUUUGAGGACUGAUUUUCGGAAUGAAGAAAUUAGAAGAUUGAAAUUUUGAAUUUCUAGAAAAUCUGGAUUUCUGCGCAACUGACAUGAUGUGAGGAAUUGAUAGAGCGUCAUGAAUAACUACUGUGUGAAAGUGAGACAACACUGAAUGUAUUAUUACACUGUAUUACACUGAACGCUAUUAGUGAAUUAGUGUAUACGGGUUCAAUUAUAUUGAAAUAGUAUCUCAGUAUCUUAAUUAGAAUUUGCAUUAUAAUUAUUACUUACUCCAUCUACUUUUUCUUCUCAAGUCUAUCACAAUGUAAAUAAGUUGACUUGAUUUGUUAAUAUUUUUUGAAAUAUAAUUUCAAACUUGUUAGAAAUAUAAAAUAAAUUAGUAUAUAAAUUAUAAUGUUGUUGCAUUUUAAAUGGUUACAGUAACUUGAAUCAACCUCUUUCUCCUCUAAUCGUUUGUGUUCUACAUUAUCAUGAUUGAUACGUAAACUAAUCUAUGCAAAUUUAUCGUUAGCACUAGAAUUAUUGUUAUCUGUACAAUGGUGUCUUAUGACAAAACCUUAGAAUUUGUAGAAACAACUUAGUGAAAGCCACACCAAUUAUUGUGUCUUAUUAAAAUAUGUAAAGUGACAGUAAGA